AUGGCAGCCGGACUAGUAGUGGAGGAAACUCUGCACAUGGUUCCUGGAGACGGAGAGACAAGCUACGCUCGCAACUCCACUAUUCAGAGUGGGCUGCAAAGCAAGCUAAAGCCAAUGAUAGAAGAAGCCGUGGCAAGCCUGCUCAAGGACGAUGGUGCCACUGCCAACGCAUACUGCGGUGGCAUGGCGAUCGCCGACCUGGGCUGUUCGUCCGGUCCAAACACGCUUGUGCUCGUGUCCACAGCCGUCGACGCCGUCCGCCGCCGCUGCUCGGAGCUCCAGCAGCAGCCACCGGAGCUCUGCAUACACCUCAGCGACCUCCCAAGCAACGACUUCAACUUGGUCAUCAAGAACCUGGCCACGUACAUAAAAACCCAGGAAACCUUCAGUCCUCCUGUCUUGACCAGCAUCGUUCCCGGCUCAUUUCACGGGCGGCUCUUCAACAAGCGUAGCCUCCAUCUAGUCUGCUCCACCGCUAGCUUGCACUGGCUCUCAAAGGCACCUGAAGACCUGGUGAGGAACGGAAUCCCGUUUUAUGACAGGGACGAGGCGGUGAGGCGUGCUCGACGUUCCACAGUCACCAAGGCCUAUGCUCGGCAGUUUAACGAUGAUUUCACACGGAUCUUGCAUCUGCGAGCUCAAGAGAUGGUUCCCGGAGGCCGGAUGGUUUUCUCCCUUCUUGGACAGCGUUCUGAUGAUGAUAAGCCGGAGAGUGCCAUUCUGUUUUUGGAAUUCACAAAUGCCAUCCUACACGAAAUGGCGUCAAAGGGUUUCAUCGAUAAUGAGAAACUUGACUCUUUCUACGUACCAUUGUACGGGCCGUCAGAGAAGGAGCUGAGGGCGAUAAUAGAAGCUGAGGGUUCAGUUUCAAUCGAUAAGAUGGCUGUCCAUGAAUCUCCUGAUCAGAAUGACAUUGUCGCGCCAAAGACAGGGGCGCAUGCGCUGAGAGCUGUAAUGGAGCCAAUCAUAGCGCAGCAUUUCGGGCCAUCUGUAGAUGCUAUGGACGAGUUCUUAAGGGUUGCGGAGAAGCUCGUCGAGAUGCCGCCUCUAGAUGCGUAUCCAAGUAAAUCCAGCGCUUUCGUUGCUGCGUCCCUAACGAGGAGGACAUGA